ACUGAAGUUAUCUGUAAGCCCGCGGCCUUUUAAUUCAAGAUGUCGACCUCCAGCAGACGCUUUGUUGUGUAGCAGACAGGUAGCAAAAAAUGUGAUUGUCAGUCUGAUAAUGAUUUAUCGAAAGUAUAUUUAUCGAAUAUUGUUGAAACAGUUCGGGGUUAUAAGCGCAAAAUGAUAUUUUUAUACUCAGUGAGUGGCGAAAAUUCACACAUGGUGAGAAACGUCCGUUAAAAUGCUGUCCCAUUUGAUGCUCCUCUAUUGCCCAGGCGAAUAUGGAGAAAUCUAGAUUCGGUUCAGAUUAUAUUCCUCUGGUAAAAGAGGAGGCUGUGAGGUGCCGUCUACUGAUACCUUUUUCAAAAAUUGCUUGGUUCACUGUUUCUCUACCCUUAUUUGGGUUUAUAUUUUGUAUCGUAUGGUCUGUCCUCUACAAUUUUACAGCCGCUACUUACACUCACUGCAAGGUUGAUAAUUUUCUACCUUCCAUAUCAGCUGCUAUCGGUCAUUACCGACCUCAGAAGGAUAUAUGGAAGGCAGCUAUUGCAACUCAAUCUUUCACUAGGAUACUAGUGUUAAUAAUGUACUAUCGACAUUACAAAGAAACGCUUUAUAAAUGGGCCUAUGGAAUAGGCAAUUUUGUCCUGUUCACUUACACUAUUGAAAACACGGCCCUCGUAACCCUAAGUUUUUGGUCUUCCAUCGAGAACUACGCUCUUCACAAAUUAUCAUUCAUUACCUUCCUGGUGAUGUCUUUACUGCACAUGUUGCUAUCUAGCAUUGUAGUGAGGAAUUGUCGUAGUCCGGCAAAGGAUACAAUUGAGGAAAACUCGUUUCAGUGGAAACGGCGUAUGCUAAUUGGAAAUGUUUCCUCAAUCUUAUUAGCUACCUAUUUUUUCUACAGGCAUAACACGUACUGUGAAAGUAACGUAUAUUCUCUUUUUGCAUUGGCCGAAUACAUGGUAGUUUUGACUAACAUGGGGUUCCACAUGACUGCCGCGUGGGAUUUUGCCGGACGGAGUCUAUUAGUAUCUUGUAAGGGGUUGAGAAUAAUUUAGGUUUGAUUCAAAUCAGUGAAUAUGCUCAUUCAUAUGGCAUUGAAAACAGGAAGUUCUUGUAAAAUACCAGUGGUCUGAUAUCAGAAUUCUCAUAAUAACGAAAUUUGUACGCUUCCGUUCAUACCUAUUUAUAUUGUACAUAUUGUAAAUAAGAUUUAUUUUUUGAGAAAACAGACUAAGGCACGCAAUGUUAUUGUUACCAGAAAUAAAUGAACUCAUUUUA